UGAUUUGCGGGUAAGCUGUUCUGUUUGUGGUGAUUUCCGGAGACGGUGCGAUUUGUGUUGUGGAUAUUUGUGUCUUGUGUGGAUUUUACAUACAUAAUUGGAAUAACAAAGUCAACAAACAUCAGCUGUCACAUCGGGUGUACACUAUGAGUUGUCGGACAACGGCAACGGCAACGGCAAGCCCCUGUCUACUGCUUGGCAGACGGCACUGAGCGCCACAGCCAUGAGUGCGGUCAACAACAACAACAACAACAACAAUAACAACAACAAUGCCAACAAGCAGACGCCCAAGCGGCCGGUCAGGAGAGGGGUGAAACCUCCCCCAGAACGGCCGCAAAGAGCCCUCCUCUGCCUCACCCUUAAGAACCCAGUGCGGAAAAUGUGUAUAGACGUAGUCGAAUGGAAACCGUUCGAAUGGUUGAUUCUAUUCACAAUUUUUGCCAACUGUGUGGCACUGGCAGUAUACACCCCUUACCCUAAUAGUGACUCGAACAGCACAAACGCUUAUUUGGAAAAGAUUGAAUACAUUUUCCUAGUGAUAUUUACUGUAGAAUGUGUAAUGAAGAUAGUAGCUUAUGGGUUUGUUGCUCAUUCCGGUGCAUACUUGAGAAACGGAUGGAACUUGUUAGAUUUUACAAUAGUAGUCAUAGGAAUGUUAAGCACAGUACUCCAGAGCGUGAUGAAGGAAGGCUUCGAUGUCAAAGCUUUGAGAGCCUUCAGGGUUUUGAGGCCUCUAAGAUUAGUUUCUGGAGUACCGAGUUUACAAGUAGUGUUAAACUCUAUUCUUCGUGCCAUGGUGCCUUUAUUACACAUUGCUCUACUAGUAAUUUUUGUUAUUAUUAUUUAUGCAAUUAUUGGUUUGGAAAUGUUCUCUGGAAAAUUGCACAAAGCAUGUUACAACAAGACAACAGGUAAAAUAAUGGACAAACCUCAUCCAUGUGCUGACCCAGGAGCCUCAGGCUUCCAAUGUUCCUUCUAUGGAGAUGACAUGGUUUGUCAUGAUGGUUGGGACGGUCCAAACUUUGGAAUUACAAAUUUUGAUAAUUUUGGAUUAGCUAUGCUAACUGUUUUCCAGUGUAUUACCCUUGAAGGGUGGACUGAUGUUUUAUAUAAUAUAGAAGAUGCACUGGGAAAUACUUGGCAAUGGAUUUACUUCAUUUCAAUGGUUAUCCUGGGUGCUUUUUUCGUCAUGAACCUAAUUCUUGGUGUCUUGAGCGGAGAAUUUUCCAAAGAAAGAGAAAAGGCCAAAGCAAGAGGUGAUUUCCAUAAACUUAGAGAAAAACAACAAAUAGAAGAAGACUUGAGAGGAUAUUUGGAUUGGAUCACGCAAGCUGAGGACAUUGAACCUGAGGGAGAAGAACAAGGAAACAACCAAGAUGGGAAAAAUAAAAAUGACAGAGAAACAGAAUCUGCGGAUCGGCUUGAGGGUGAUGAGGGAGAGGUUCAAGAAUCAUGGUUCAGGAGGAAGAAGAAGGACUUUGACAGAGUCAACAGAAGAAUGCGAAGAGCAUGUAGAAAGGCUGUAAAGUCGCAGGCAUUCUACUGGUUGAUCAUAAUUCUGGUUUUCCUCAAUACCGGAGUGCUGGCCACCGAGCAUUAUGCACAGCCUGAUUGGCUGGAUGAUUUCCAAGAGGCAACAAAUAUGUUUUUCAUUGCCCUCUUCACAUUGGAGAUGCUUUUAAAAAUGUACAGUUUAGGGUUUCAGGGAUAUUUUGUUUCAUUAUUCAAUCGUUUUGAUUGUUUUGUCGUUAUUGGAAGCAUUUCAGAAAUGGUUUUAACAAGAACACAUUGGAUGCCACCUUUAGGUGUAUCUGUUUUGCGUUGUGUACGAUUGCUCAGGGUUUUUAAAGUAACCAAGUACUGGAGAUCUCUAUCAAAUUUGGUCGCAUCGCUGUUGAAUUCAAUCCAAUCCAUUGCGUCUCUGCUGCUUCUAUUGUUCCUAUUUAUUGUUAUUUUUGCUCUACUGGGGAUGCAAGUUUUUGGAGGAAAGUUCAAUUUUGAAGGUGCUGUAGAUGAUAAGCCUCGCCAAAACUUUGACAGUUUUUGGCAGAGCUUGUUGACAGUAUUUCAGAUAUUGACUGGUGAAGAUUGGAACGCAGUGAUGUACGACGGAAUCCAGGCAUAUCACGGUGUCGGAGGAUUUGGCAUCUUGGCCUGUAUUUACUUCAUCAUUCUGUUCAUCUGUGGUAACUAUAUUCUACUAAACGUCUUCUUGGCCAUUGCUGUAGACAAUCUGGCAGAUGCUGAAUCACUGACAGCAAUAGAGAAAGAAGCUGAUGAAGAAGCAGAGAAACAAGAAGAAGAACAAAUGGAAGAGAAUCAAGAGCAAGGUUCACAGAUGGAUGGGGAGGGAGAGGAACUCGGAAGUGACGAAGAAAGAGGAAGUUACAAGGAUAAUCUGGAUGAGGAAACUGAAGAAAUGUCAGUCAAAGACGAAGACACUAGGAGUCACACAAAGGUUUGUCUGGAGGUUGGAGAAAACAAUGAUUACUACGAGGAGCAAAAUGGCAACCAAGAGAAGCGCAUGGAAGGGUCCAUCUCAGAUGAAGCAGUGCUGCACAAGGCAUCGGCAUUGCCUCGCCGCCUUUCUGAUUCCAGCCAGAAAACAGAAAAAAAGCCUCUUCCCUUAGGCAGCUCCUUUUUUAUAUUUAGUCAUACAAACAGGAUAAGAGUAUUCUGUCAUUGGUUCUGCAAUCACAGUCAUUUUGGAAACGUCAUCUUAGUAUGUAUUAUGGUAUCAUCUGCUCUCCUAGCAGCAGAAGAUCCUAUUCAUGCAAACUCAACUCGAAAUGAGAUACUUGGUUACUGUGACUAUUUCUUCACAUCAAUUUUCACUUUUGAAAUAUGUUUGAAAAUAAUUUCCUACGGCUUUGUUCUACACGAUGGGGCAUUUUGCCGUUCAGCAUUUAAUCUUCUUGAUCUCUUAGUUGUUUGUGUUUCUUUAGUCUCUGUUUUCUGGAAAUCAGGUGCUAUCUCAGUAGUGAAAAUUCUUAGGGUCCUGAGGGUGUUAAGACCUCUAAGGGCUAUUAAUAGAGCUAAAGGACUGAAGCAUGUAGUGCAGUGUGUGAUAGUGGCGGUAAAAACAAUUGGCAACAUUGUCCUGGUUACGUGUCUACUACAGUUCAUGUUUGCAGUAAUCGGAGUACAAUUGUUCAAGGGGAAAUUCUAUUCUUGCUCAGAUCGCUCUAAGAUGACGGAAGAAGAGUGCCGAGGUCAUUAUCUGAUUUUUGAAGACGGUGACAUAACUCGACCUUCUAUAGAGAAGAGAGAAUGGAAAAAAAAUCGUUUUAAUUUUGACGAUGUCGCCGAAGCGAUGCUUACAUUAUUUACAGUCUCAACUUUUGAAGGAUGGCCUGGUUUGCUGUAUGUGUCUAUCGAUUCUAACGCAGAAAACAGAGGGCCAAUACACAACUUCCGUCCAAUAGUAGCUGCUUACUACAUCAUUUAUAUCAUCAUCAUUGCUUUCUUCAUGGUCAACAUAUUUGUAGGUUUUGUUAUUGUUACAUUUCAAAAUGAGGGUGAGCAAGAAUACAAAAAUUGUGAGCUCGAUAAAAAUCAGAGGAACUGUAUAGAGUUUGCGUUGAAGGCUAAGCCAGUUAGAAGAUAUAUUCCCAAGCACCGGUUCCAGUACAAAGUGUGGUGGUUUGUCACGUCCCAGCCCUUCGAGUACACAAUUUUUAUCCUCAUUAUGAUCAACACAAUCACGUUGGCAAUGAAGUUCUACAACCAGCCACCAUUGUACACAUAUUGUCUAGACAUCCUCAACAUUGUGUUCAGUGUUGUGUUUGCUGCAGAGUUUGUCUUCAAGGUGGCAGCUUUUCGUUUCAAGAAUUACUUUGGAGAUGCAUGGAACGUUUUUGAUUUCAUCAUAGUACUGGGAAGCUUUAUUGAUAUUGUCUAUGAUAGAUUACAUGAGGGAACUCCAGGGGUAGAACGGCCAGGAUCCAACCUUAUAUCUGUCAACUUCUUUCGCCUGUUUCGAGUGAUGCGCUUAGUGAAAUUGCUCAGUCGUGGUGAGGGAAUUCGAACACUCCUAUGGACUUUCAUCAAGAGUUUCCAAGCUCUGCCUUAUGUGGCUUUGCUUAUCAUCAUGCUGUUUUUCAUAUAUGCUGUAAUUGGAAUGCAGGUUUUUGGAAGAAUAAGACUAGCUCCAUCAGUCGAUGAAUCACAAAUCCACAGAAACAAUCACUUUCAUACAUUCCCCCAAGCUGUUUUGGUUCUGUUCCGUUCCGCUACAGGUGAAGCCUGGCAGGAUAUCAUGUUGGAUUGCUCAUACCGACCGGGCGAAGUCCUGUGUGAUCAAGAGACAGAAGAAAGGGAUAGUUAUGAAGGAUGCGGGUCCAGCAUUGCCUUUCCAUACUUCAUCUCAUUUUACGUUCUUUGCUCAUUCUUGAUUAUAAACUUGUUUGUUGCUGUCAUCAUGGAUAACUUUGACUAUCUGACUCGUGAUUGGUCUAUCCUGGGACCUCAUCACUUGGACGAGUUUAUUCGCCUGUGGAGUGAAUAUGACCCAGAUGCCAAAGGAAGAAUCAAACAUUUGGAUGUUGUUACACUGCUGAGAAAAAUUUCGCCUCCGCUUGGUUUUGGUAAACUCUGUCCACAUCGUGUCGCCUGCAAGCGUCUUGUUUCAAUGAACAUGCCACUGAACAGUGAUGGAACGGUUUUAUUCAACGCAACUCUUUUUGCUGUUGUUCGAACCUCACUUCACAUAAAGACAGAAGGAAAUAUAGAUGAUGCCAAUUCUGAACUCAGAGCUGUUAUCAAGAAAAUUUGGAAAAGAACGAGUCCUAAACUUUUGGACCAAGUCGUUCCUCCCCCAGGAGUGGAUGACGAGGUCACUGUGGGAAAGUUUUAUGCCACAUUCCUUAUUCAAGAUUACUUCAGAAGGUUUAAGAAAAGAAAAGAACAAGAGCUCAAAGAUGGAGACAAGGAGUCACACAAUACUGUUACUCUUCAGGCUGGUUUGCGCACGCUACAUGAUGCAGGUCCAGAACUGAAAAGAGCAAUAUCAGGCAAUCUAGAGGAACUUAUUGAUGACAAUCCAGAACCAAUGCAUAGGCGGAAUCACUCACUGUUUGGGAGCGUGUGGUCUUCAGUGAGAAGGGGUAGAGGGAGUUUUCAUCGUACAAAGUCUCUCAAGGUCAACGCAACCAACAUUAAGAUGAAUCAUCUGGAUGUGCCUGGAAGAAACCUUAGAAAGGUUUCCCCUACAAACUCGAUAGACUACCUGCCGUACAACUCCUUACAGAGGGUAGUGACCGAUGGAAUGAACCAUCUCAACAACAUGAUGAAACCUCCACCCCCUGGUGAAAAGUCAAUGCAGGACAUUGGCCAAACAAAAGAAGAUGAGUCCAUGAUUCCGUUGCGACAUCUUACAGUGUCCAAUGGUGACGCGGAUAUGACUUACCGGCCAUAUCAAAUUAUCGACAUGCAGGAGAGUCGAAGAGACACCGAAGUAAGUCCGCCGACGCCUCCGCCCCGACGUGCCGCGCGACUCGGGUGCAUUGGUGGUGGAGGGGGGCCGCGUGAGCCCUCGCCGAGCUUCUCGCGCAUCGCUGGUGGGCUCAAGCUCGCGCAGGCUCAAGCUAUGGCAGUGGCUGUAGGCUUUAUGCCUGACCCUCAACUUGACCGUCUCAGUAAACGAUCUCCCUUACUUCACCGAGCAUCCUUCCAUGGCAGAGGGAGCAAGGUGGGGGAAUCAAACGGCAGCUUAGCCACUGACAGACUCUCUCACUCCCUCCCCGGCAGUCCAGCUGACCGAAGACCCAACUUCCCAGAAGUGGUAGGAUCAGCUGAGAGUCUAGUGGGCAGGGUGCUGGUGGAGCAGGGAUUGGGCAAGUUCUGUGAUCCAGAGUUUGUCCGCUACACAUCUCGUGAGAUGCAAGAGGCUUUAGACAUGACACAAGAGGAAAUGGAUCGUGCGGCUCAUCGCCUCUUGCUACAGGAGCGACAGGGCCGCCCACUAUCCUUCCAGGGUGAAAAUCCUCACUUAUAGCACAUUGCCCCCACUGACACUACCAAGUGCCUACGGUCCGUUUGGUCCCAACUAAAUGACAGUCGCUUGUGGAUCAUUCCGGUCUUAAUAUUUUAGCACUGUUUUCCUCCCUUGUGUCUGUUAUUCGGUAAACAGUUGACUUUAUUCUUCGGUGGAUUGUUCAGUUGUUUUACAAAUGGAUGGUGAAUGUUUUAUGGAAUAAAACCAGCCUCAAAUCGGACAUUGAAAGAAGAGGUUUUUUAAACUGUGUAAUAAAACCACACAAAAUGAAUUUGUACAAUAUUGUGUAUUUUAAUAAAAUAUCGAUAACUGUCAAAUUGUUUGUGAUGUCCAUAUAAUGGAAAGACUAUAUCUGUUUAACAUUUUGUUUUUUAAAAUACCAGUCGAUUUAUUUUGUAAGAUAAAUUUGUUACCCUCGAGAAUGUCUUGUUAUACUUCUAAAGUCUAAUCUCAAUCUAUCUGGCAGGUCCAGGUCAUUCUAAAUAUAUUAGAUACAUUAGCGUAAUAAAUCUGGGUGGUGUAAUUAAUUUGUAAAUGUUAAGCGUACUAUAAAAACAAUCAAAAAAUGUGUAAAGACCGAAUAUUCUCUGAUAUUUUAACAGUCUCUAGAUGUGUGUUCGAUUGUAUUUGUUAUAUCCUACAAGGACCAUUUGCCUGAAGAAAUUGUAAAUUUUUAUAAGUGUCCAUUUUGGAAAAAAAUUUAACAAGAAACUUUUAA